AGGUGAAUGGUAUCAGUUUCAGUCCCCUGUGGAACUCAUGAAGAAACAGGGGGCUGACAAAACUGAUAAACCAAGGGGGAAAGAAGCAUUUCAAAGAGAGGAAUGGCUUGGUCAUUUCAUGAGAUUCAGAAAUGAUGCCAUGAUUAUACUGAGCAUUAUAUGUCUCCAGCUGCCUUUUGAAUUGGCUUUCGCUCAUGUCUAUGAGGUUUUGAGGUCUGACAUAUCAAAGUUUUGUCUGACAGCUGUAUACCUCUUUACCAUUCAGUACUUUAAUAAAAUUGGUGGAAAGAUAUCAGUGAAGCUUGUAAAAUAUGAGAACAACAAAAACAUAGAACGGAGAGCUGACAGCUGGGUUUACAAGGUCUUUGGUCUUUACUUCAUGCAAUCCUACAUUGGAAUCUUCUAUCAUGCUUUAUUGCACCGCAAUAUUAUGACACUUCGCCAAGUUCUCAUUCAACGUCUAAUUAUAUCAGAGGUGCUGGAGAAUAUGUUGGAGAACUCUCUACCUUAUUUAAAAUACAGCUUCAAGAAAUAUAGAGCUGUGGGAAACAAGAGAAAACGUGAGAAUGGAAGGCCUUCGGAAAAGACCCAAUACAUGUCUAGAGUAGAAAAGGAGUACCUUAAACCUGAUUAUUCUGCUAGUAUUGGAGAGGAGCUUGAAGACGGACUUUUCGAUGAUUUUCUGGAAUUGGCAUUGCAAUUUGGAAUGAUCAUGAUGUUUGCUUGUGUAUUUCCACUUGGUUUUGCCUUUGCUACUUUGAACAACAUCACAGAGAUACGAACAGAUGCACUUAAAUUGCUUGCCAUGUUAAGAAGGCCCAUUCCACGUCCUGAUGCGACAAUCGGAGCUUGGCUAAACAUAUUUCAGUUUCUGAUUGUCAUGUCAAUAUGUACAAACUGCAUUCUCCUCGUAUGCCUUUAUGAUCGUGACGGGCAAUGGAAAAUAUCACCUGGACUUGCUGCUAUUCUCAUUAUGGAGCAUGUGCUUUUGCUUAUAAAAUUUGUAUUCUCACGCAUUGUUCCAGAGGAGCCCGCGUGGAUAAGAGCUAAUCGGAUGAAGAAUGCAACUCAUGUACAUGAUAUGUGCUCCAGGCAGCUUUUAAGGAGCAUUUCUGGUGAAAAAAUUAAUGCCGAACUAAAAAAAGAUGAAUAGUGAAUAUGUUGUUGGACUUACGAGUGUCAUGUUCCUAUCCACAGUGCGGUAUCACCUUCCCCUUCUCUCGAAAGCCAAAUUUGAAGGUAGAUAUGGGAGCAUAUUUGACGAUUUUGAGCUGUGUGUAAUUGUGCAACGGUUAAAUUUCUUGUUAGUGGACUGUAGGUGCCAGUGUAAAGUGCGGUUAUCUUCUUUGGAUGUAAAGGAGUUUUGUAUUUGGUUGAGCAGCUAGACUAGAUACCAUCUCAUAUCAUGUAUUAAAAUUCAUCAUCAUCUCAACGUGAACCCCAGAAAUAUUAAAGAGAGAGAGAGAAAGAGAGGUGAAGGCAUAUUUCCAUC